UGAAGAGUUUGAUGGUGUUGAUGUGGGCGGUUAUUUUUUUUAUCCUCAUCGUGCAGUACUUCAACAACCCGUUCAAAAGUGGUGGAGAGGAGGCAGUCUUGCAGCAGAGGAUGGCGACAAUACAGGAGUCGCGGCGCCGCCUGCUGGCAGAGGUGUGCUCUAAGUACCAGGCGGGCAUGGGCCAGCAGUCGCUGUCCAAGCGGCAGAUGUCUCCGAUCUACGUGGAGGACCGGUCGCGGCUGCUGUACUGUGGAGUGCCCAAAGUCGGCUGCUCCAACUGGAAGAGGGUUCUGAUGGUUCUGAGUGGCGCCACCACCUCCUCCGUCCGGGACAUUUCUCACUAUGCAGCACAUUUCGCCAACCACCUGCGGCGGCUGGACAGCUACGACCCCGAUGGCAUCGCCCAGCGGCUGCUAUCCUACACCAAGGUGCUGUUCGUCAGGGAGCCAUUGGAGCGGCUGGUGUCGGCCUUCCGGGACAAGUUCGAGAAUCCAAGCCCGUAUCAUCACGCCGUGUUUGGGCGUGCCAUUAUUUCCAGGUACCGAGUGAACGCCACGCUCACAGCGCUGCGCUCCGGCGACGGCGUUACCUUCAGGGAGUUCAUCCAGUACCUGGUGGAUGAUCGGAGGCCGGUGGGGAUGGACGUCCACUGGCAGACCGUCAGCCACCUGUGCAACCCCUGUCUGCUGAGCUACGACUUCAUCGGCAGGUUUGAGAUAAUGGUGGAGGAAGCUAACUUCCUGCUGCGCAGCGUCGGCGCUCCGGCUAACCUCACCUACCCUGACUUCAAAGACCGGAACCCGCUGGAAGAAAGAACUUCCUCCAGAAUCACCCAGGAGUACCUCUCCCAGCUGAAUGCCACCGAGCGGCAGAGAGCCUUCGAGUUCUACAAUAUGGACUACCUGUUGUUCAACUACCCCAAACCCUUCCAGGACCUGCACUGACACCUGAGCUCACCUGUUGUCAGGUGAAUGAUGAUGAUGAAGGUGGAGGAAGAGCAGCUCAAUGGUUCCUGUCCACAGUCUUUAGACGGUUGUUUUUGUUCUGCUUCCCAACAUGGAGCCUGAUGGACUAGUUAAGGUUCAUUAACCCUUUAAGACCCACCAUUAUACAAGUCCGCCAGGACAUAUUUUUACAUUUUUACAUGUUGUGGUGCCAUUUUAUGGAGUAUUUUUACUUGCUUUACAUCAAAAUGACCCUGAUAUCCCAAAUUGUAAUAAUAUGUAUUGACUUAUGUCUUCACUACUACAAUAAAUUGCUUAAAGGUGCAAUACACCUUCAAACAAUGGAAAUUGUUUUUGUUUUUUUCAUAAAUAUUUCAAAAUACAGAAAUUGCAUAGCUAGAUCCAUCAAUUUUGUGAAUGUAAAAAAGUUGCACAAUAUCCUUUAGAACCACAGGAAAUUUAUUUGGAGUCUGUACAUCACUUGCUUUUUGAGAUAUGGUCAAUUUUGUAACCUGAAAAAAAAAAAAAAUAAAUAAAUAA